ACCCCCUCCCCCCUCACCAGUGCGUUAAUACAUGCGCACUUUAUUUUCUGUGCGCCUCGAUAUCACCACUACCCCAGGUUCUCUCUCUCCUGCUAAAUAAAGUGAUUACUGUGUCACCAACUCUUGCUGUGAAAAAUGGCAGACUCACAUAUUGUACCACCAUGCAAACUGCAUCGUCUGUUCAGGGUUUACGAUCCUGAGGUUGUAGCGGUUAUUACAAUAUUACUUGGACUGUUCCAAAUGCUUCUGGGACUUCCGACUUACUACAUGAGCUUCAACAUAAAAAUACUACAUCUGUGCCCAGUUUUCGUCGGAGCAGUAUUUGUGGCUGGAGGAUCGUUUGCAAUGGCAUGUGAAAGAACUCCUUCCAGGAAGCUGGUGAAAAGCUGUGUGUAUGCCAGUGGCUUUGGGCUGUUGGCAGGAUUGUGUGCCAUUAUUGUUUAUGGCUAUGCAGUCAAUGACAUAAAGUCUGUAGAAAUGUGUGAAUCAUUUAUGCACAAUGGUUGUCGAGAACAAGAUGAAGUCAUUGAAUAUUUCAAAUCAAUCUCAACGCUGCUUUUGAUUUAUGACAUGGGAGCGCUCACUUUUGAUGGCCUCAUUUUAUUUUCAGCUGUAAAAGGUUUGAAAACAAACUAAAAAAAUGCACCUAUAUAUAUAUAUAUAUAUAUAUAUAUAUAUAUAUAUAUAUAACAUAUAUUUUAAACUGUUCUAUAACUGAAAAAAAUGUAAAAUGUGGAGUAUACCGUUUAUUUUAAUGUUUGUUUAAGUACUUUUGAAUUUUGUACUACUUUCUAAUAAAAGUGACCUUCUGAAAACUAAGCAUAAUACUGUAAACUGUGGUGUAUACAAAAACUUUCUGCAUUCAAAAUGGAGAACACAUAUAAAAGAGAUUUUUAGCCACACUUCUCACAUAGGCUUUAUUCUGAUUAUGUACCUUUGACUCCAUGUACUUUCUGUUGUAUUUCUGCUGUAAAUAUUUUGAACAUUGUACAUUGUAUUUAGGUUUUAUAAGUGCUUAAAAAUGCACAGAUCCUGCUUUACUAAUUUGUGUAAUAAUAUAAUAUUAUAUAAUAUAUGAAAUAAUAAAGAAUAUCUGCACAGUACCUACAUAACUUGCAUUCAAUAUAACUUUGUAAGUGUGAGCUUAGAGACAGUACAGGCAGAAGAGCAGAAGAAUAAUAUGGAUAAGAUGAAGCACACUGUGAAAUGGUAAAUGAUAAAUUGAAUAUAAAGCAUAUCUUCCAUUAGUCUAUGAUAGAAAAUGGCAAAACUCAAUGAAAUUGAAGAAUUAAAAUGAUAUAAAAUGAUUGCACUGUUUUUUUGUCCUAUCAUGUUUGUUGCAUUAUCUGAUAUAUACACUCACUGGCCACUUUAAUUAAACCCCUGCUUAUUAUUAGAGUCCUGGAGAAACAUUGUCUCUAUUGUAUCUCUAUUAUCUGUAUAUAUUCUUGAAAUGACAAUAAAAGUUUCUUGAUUUGACUCCUGCAAUUAUCCAAUCAGCCAAUCAUGCAGGCAUUAGCACAGUGCAUUAAAUAGAUAUAGAAGCAUGCAUAUCGGCAUGAUUCUAUAGCUGUCUGCUGAUGCCACAUGAUUGCUUUGGAUAAUUGGAUACAAAAUGCAUA